AUGUUUUCAACAUACGGCAACCUUGAAUCGAUUGGCAUAUUCUAUAUUUGCAAAAAGUAGCAUAAUAAUUUUUUUCCAAUAUUUUAUUUUGUAAAUUUCUUAAAUUUUCUACAAGGUAAUAAAAUAAAAAAACGAAAAUAGUAAAAAAAACAAAUAAUACAUUCAGCUAUCAAAUAAAAUAUUAAAACAAAAAAAAAAAAAAAAUUCACACGUUCGUAAUAAUACUACAUAAAUUGAGAUAAAAUAUUUGUAAUAAUUGGUCAGCUGAAUAUUCUGCGCCAGCUGUCAAUUGUUUACAAAACUGCACUGAAAACAAUAGCUACAAUUUUCCAAUUGGGCAUUGCGACCAGAGAGUAUUUGGGAAAAUAAUAAACGUCUAAACAAAAAUCGUUGCAAUUUUGGUAAUAAAAAAGAUUCAAAAAAAUGCCAAAAAGUUAACAACUUCUAUUGAUAAUAUAUUGAUAAAAAACAAAUGAAAGAGACGAUUUCAGGCAUUUGUUUACUAUUGUAUUUUGUUUAAAGAAAUUGCCAUUCAGCACAAAAUGAUUACCGAACAAAGUAAAAUUCAACAAACAACAAACGCACAACAUCACCAGCAUCAACAUGAACUCGGCAACAUUCCGGUGGGCAGCACAACGGUUUUUGUAGAACGUUUCUUUGGACAUUUCUAUUGGAAAGAGUUUGCUUGUGGCUGUGGCGCCGCAUUCGUCAAUAUUGGUAUUACAUAUCCCAUUUAUAAGAUGAUAUUUCGCCAAAUGCUUCAUGGUGUUCCCAUCACAUCCGCAUUCGGUCAGCUGCGGCAUGAAGGCUUACUUUAUUUAUAUCGUGGCAUGUUUCCACCCCUCGCACAAAAAACUGUUUCAUUAUCCAUAAUGUUUGGCGUUUUUGAUGGUACGCGGCGUUAUCUGGUGGACGAUUAUCAUAUGAAUGCAUAUAAAGCGAAACUUAUAGCUGGUAUGGCAGCAGGUACCGUAGAAACAUUGUUACUUCCAUUCGAGCGCGUACAAACACUCUUGGCUGACUCAAAAUAUCACAAAUAUUUUGCGAAUACGCAAAAGGCUUUUGGAUAUGUACUAACAAAUCAUGGGUUUAAAGAAUUAUAUCGAGGAAUUGUACCGGUGCUGUGGCGUAAUGGUCCAUCAAAUGCCAUGUUCUUUAUAUUGCGUGAAGAGGCUAGUUUACAUUUACCACAAAGGACUUCUGUAUCCACAAAGGCGGCACAAGAAUUUAUUGCGGGAGCCAUUAUUGGAGCCAGUACGAGUACAUUGUUUUAUCCACUUAAUGUUAUAAAAGUGGCGAUGCAGAGCGAAAUGGGACAUCCAUCGGAAAGUAUGUGGAAAACAUGCUUGAAAAUUUAUCGAGACAGAGGCAGCAGUAUUGCAUAUUUUUAUCGAGGUUGUGGUUUUAAUACCGCACGUUCAUUUAUUAGUUGGGGUGUCAUGAAUACGGCCUAUGAAAAUUUAAAACAUCUCAUGAGUACAUAUUGACUCAUUAUAGUAAAUUUUUAAAAAUAACAAUAACACCACCUAUUAACUAAUUUUCAGCCAAAGGUAAAUUAUAAUAUAAUGCUCGAAGCUAAUCACUAAUUUAAUGUAUUAGUUAAAGUUUAUAGAAACUAACAAAAAACCAUUAAGAAAACAGAAUUAAAAAAUGAAAAUGAGGCCAUAAAUUUGUCCUUAUAUUAAUAGUUACUAUUAAUAAUUUUAAUUUAAUUUUAUAUAAUUUAUUUAUAAACAAUUAAAUACAAUUUAAUGACCCAUAAGACCCAAAUGACUGACUCCAACUUGACUGGUUUGUGUAAAAAAGUACAAACAAACACUACAUACAAUAUGGUGGUCAUCCAUUAAAAUUUUCUCUCACUUAAGUAUUUGCUUUCAUAAGUUGUUGCCUUAUUCUUCUAGGAUACUUAUAAAUAUUUUGUAAAUAAUUAUUAAAUACACACAUGCGGACGCUGAUGAUGGUA